AUGGCGGGCAUUUUCGCAUACAUCGUCGUCUACCAGCUGGUGUACAGCUGGGGGUAUCUCAAGUUCUCGGAUCCGAAGGCCGCGGUGCGAUUGACGAUGCAGCAGCCUACGACGGACGGGUGCAAUCCGAAUGACCCUGGGUGCAACGACGCUUUUGUGACAUUGGACCAAUUGCCAUAUUGUUGCCAGUCCAACGCAAGUUGCAAAAGCAAUGAUGAUGGCAGCUGUAGUUGCGACUUUCGCCCCAGUUUCAAAAACUAUAAUUGCACAUACCUCGACGGUGCUGAUGCACAGAAAACUCGAGAGAGCUCGAUAUUUGUCUCCACUUUCACGCAUGCCUACUCCCAGACGCGCAACCCAGACUGCUUCUCAAGCGUCUCCGCCGGCAAAACGGAGUGCCAGAAGCUUUGGCUUCCCCGUGAAAACCUCUCCCGUGCCGACACCAUGGCGUUCACCGCGAACAUCGAGGACUACACGCUCCUCAUCGACCACUCCGUGACGGACUCGAGCGACCACGCGUACACCUCGAGGCAGAUGCAAGGCCGACUGGCCAUCACAGGCAGUGGCCCGGCCUCGAAGGAUGCUCUGUGCAGGAGCUACCCGAACGCCACCGCUGCGGGCUCGAGCUGGACGGGCAUGCUGUUCGACACCGGCGCGCGGGCCGUCGCGGCACCGUGCCUGCUGAGGCCGAGCGCAGUGGAGGGCAUGCCGGGCGCGGACGUCUUCACGAUUGGGACCCUGAUGGAGUCGAUGGGCGUGCAGUUGGACAACCGCAGCUACGAUACGAAGGAGAAAAAGCAGCGUAAACAUAAACUUUCGGAGCUCCGAACGUUUAUGUCUGCAUGCCGCUUUUUGUUCUUCUGA